ACUUUUCACAGCAUCUUUUAAUUCAUUUCUCACAUGACAUCUUCCUCCCCCAAUCUCUCUGCCUCAUCAGUCUCGAAAAAUCUCGUAAUGGAGGCCGAGAGACCGGUUUCGCGGAUCGACAGAAAGUCGUCGAUCGAGAGCGAGCCGAGGACAUUGAGCUUGCGGCAGAUGGAGCGCGCGCGGGAGGCGGCGCUCAUCGUGUUAAACACGAGAAGCAUAGAAGACGCCAUGAGCAUCUUCACCGAGGCACAUAGCAGGGAGGGAGGCGACGUACGGAGCGCCUCCAAGAAAAGGGGAGGUGCCACUGCAUCGACCAUUGGGGGGGUGCUAGCCACGUCGAGGGUGGGUUGAGCAGGUGAGCCCCCAAAGAUAGUCCCCCACUGCUGGGGUCAUGGUCCUCCAUUGAUGGUCGAUUCCGCCGGCCAGGCUUUUCUUUCGACUUCGGGCUUGUUCUGAUGCUUGCAUAUGGGCCCAUGUAUGCCGGACUUCUGUUUCGUGUUUUAGCAUCGAGCUUUUAGUGGGCUGAUUAUAUCGGUUUUCAACCGUUUGCUAGUUCGUUUAUGGUCUGCGCUGAGACUAGCUAAAGAUUUGUUCCCCUAAUCCGAAUUUAGUUACCUAAAAGUUGCAACUAUUUUUGUUUUUAGUACAAGUUUAUCAAUUAAUUUGGUCGUUGAUUCAGCUGACAAUUGCUUUUGGAUGGUGGUUCUGUCCGUGUUCAGGGUUUACAGCCGGUACUGAGGGUGGGGAAUCGAAUGGGACCUGAGUCAUACUAUUACGACCACAUAGACGAUAAGCUUCUUGGAUCAGAACCGAGAGAUGUCGCCACCGCACCUUUCUAGUCUCGAGUCCGGCCUCAGAGAUGAGGUGGUUGUAAAUUUUUUCCCCCAUUAAUUUUGCAGUUGCACUAUCUGUACAGAUCGUCUUUUUGUCUCAUUUUUCCUUCAAUGGGAAAUUUUCCGAUAUGCUUUUGGACCA